ACCUUGGGUGGGAGCGCACGGCGCCUCAAAAUGUCCUCCAGUGGCACCCUCAGCAACUACUACGUGGACUCGCUCAUAGGCCAUGAGGGCGACGAGGUGUUCGCCGCGCGCUUCGGACCGCCCGGGCCCGGCGCGCAGGGCAGGCCCGCAGGUGUGGCCGACAGCCCGGCCGCUGCCGCCGCUGAGUUUGCCUCGUGUAGUUUUGCCCCCAAAUCGACCGUGUUCUCAGCCUCGUGGUCCGCGGUGCCCGCCCAGCCCCCGGCGGCGGCGGCGAUGAGCGGCCUCUACCACCCGUACGUGCCCCCGCCGCCCCUGGCUGCUGCCGCUUCCGAGCCCGGCCGCUAUAUGCGCUCCUGGAUGGAACCGCUGCCCGGCUUCCCAGGCGGCGCGGGCGGCGGCGGCAGCGGUGGCGGAGGUGACUGUGGCCCCGGCCCUGGUCCCAGUCCCGGCCCCGGCGGCCCACCCAACAGGCGCCACUACGGGAUUAAGCCUGAAACCGGAGCGGCCCCGACCCCUGCGGCCGUCGCCACCUCCUCCUCCACUUCCUCGUCUUCCUCCACCAAACAGACUGAGUGCUCUGCGGCCCGAGAGUCCCAGGGGAGCGGCGACCCCGAGUUCUCAUGCAACUCGUUCCUACGGGACAAGGCGGCAGCGGCGGCUGGGGGAACCCGGCCCGGGGCAGGGAUCAGGGCCGGGGCAGGCGGCUCGUCGGAGCCCUCGGCUUGCAGCGACCACCCGAGCCCAGGCUGCCCGCUAAAGGAGGAGGAGAAGCAGCAUCCGCAGCCGCCACCGCAGCAACUUGACCCAAACAACCCCGCCGCAAACUGGAUUCACGCUCGCUCCACCCGGAAAAAGCGCUGUCCCUACACCAAAUACCAGACGCUGGAGCUGGAAAAGGAAUUCCUCUUCAACAUGUACCUCACCCGGGACCGGCGCUACGAGGUGGCAAGGACUCUAAACCUCACAGAGAGACAAGUCAAAAUUUGGUUCCAGAAUCGUAGGAUGAAAAUGAAAAAGAUGAGCAAGGAGAAAUGCCCCAAAGGAGACUGACUGGGCGAGGCGCUGGCAGGACCGCUC